AUCGCCGCCAUGACGAAGCUCAGAAAGGACGCCGGUCUGUUUACUCACGUGUAGGCCCAAGGCAUUCAGGCGCUUGAGACACUUGGACUGUUGACAGAAAAUCAAGUAGAAGAAGCCAUGUAUGUGUUUUAUGUACUUUAUUACGUUGUUCUUGUUCCUUCUUUGAAGGAGUAUAGAUUUUGCUUGGCCUUUUAUUCUCCGGGCCGUGAUAGAGCGGGCCGGCUUUCGAAGUUCUACAUAAACUUCGCAGUUGCAGCGAAGAGAGGAACAUCAAUGAUGCUGCUUUUGUCGCUGUUCGCAGCGGUUUUGCUAUUGGCUCCUCACACUGUUCUCGGACAGGACAACUGUACACUGACUGCUUCUGGUGAAGAUGACGCGUCUCAAUUUCUCUCUGCCGUCCAGAACUGUGACACCGUGGUGAUUCCAAAGAAUACUACAUUGAAUAUCGCGACACGUCUGAAUAUGACUGGAGUUUCCGAUACCAUCAUUAACCUGGAAGGAACUAUCCGCUUCGAUCCCGAUAUUCCAUAUUGGACUGGGAACGCGUUUUAUUUUGAGUUCCAGGAUUCACUCACCUUUUGGUUGCUUGGAGGAAAUAAUAUCGUUUUGAAUGGCGGGGGGACUUUGGAUGGUGCGGGUCAGGACUGGUAUGAUGAAUUUGCCUCAAAUGACACCUUUGGCCGCCCUAUCAUCUUGACGGUUUACCAAGCAAAUAGCGUUGUCGUAGAGGACAUCCAGAUGCUCAAUGGUCCAAACUGGUUUAAUCUGAUAUACGAGAGCAGUAACGUUACUUACAGCAAUAUCAGCAUUACAGCUGAGUCGACAUCAGACAAUGCUGCCAAGAAUACCGAUGGUUGGGAUACCUAUCGCAGCGAUACAAUUGUUAUCAAGGACUCCGUCAUUAUCAACGGGGACGAUUGUGUGUCGUUCAAGCCAAAUUCCACGAAUGUCUUGGUGUCCAAUUUGGACUGCGACGGAUCACAUGGCAUAUCUGUAGGCUCCCUUGGGCAAUACGCUGGCGUCUAUGACAUUGUAGAAAACGCAUGGGCAGGACCCAACGUCGGCAGUGGGAUUGUCAAGAACAUCACUUUCGUCGAUUUCGAAGUGUCUGAUGUAGACAGCCCGAUUGUAAUUGACCAGUGCUACUUCAGCGAAGACGAGUGCGAUGGAUACCCGUCUAACACCUACAUCCAAGAUGUCUAUUUCACCAACGUUUAUGGCACUGGUUCGAAAUCUACUGUUGCAUCGUUGGUUUGCUCUCCUGACGGCCGAUGCGAGAACAUUAAUGUAAAUGAUCUGAGUUUGACAGCUGAAAAAGGGACCACCACGUAUGAAUGUUCGAACGUAGUCCUGACUGGUAAUUCUGCUGAUCUUUUCAGCUGUACGGAGGCAUAGUGCGGAAGCCAUUUUUCGGCCCUGGUAGAAUUACACACGAGUUCGGACUAGUUACCUGACGAAGAUGAUCUUCGACUUUGCGAGAUUCCUCCGUCAUUCUUGAGUCUUGCCUUCCCAUGUCACCCAAAAAUACACAGUCAACCCCAUCUGGAAGGAAAUGACCG